AUGGAGCAGGCUAGCAUGGAGCCUGUUAUUUCCCACAGAGCAAGAAGUGCCUGUCACGAUACAGUUUCAAAUCCUAUGUGGGAUGUACUGGAUGACGCCUGGUGCCCCUCCACCAAUCCAACUGGAUAUAUCAACGUCGGUGUGGCAGAAAACGCCCUCAUGCAGGAUGAUCUUCUUGACUUCAUCAAUACCACCAACCUCGAUCUGCCAGCCAAAUACCUCACAUACAACCAGGGAGGGGGGGGGUCCUCGAGAUUAAAACGGGCCAUGUGUGGAUUCCUCAACCGCCACUUGCACCCGGUGGCUCGAUUAGACCCCGAACAUUUGAUGGUCACAAACGGGGUCUCACCUGCAAUUGAACAUGUCUCGUGGGCCUUCGCAGAUCCUGGCGAAGGUAUUCUGCUAGGACGGCCUUACUACGGUAUCUUUGUUACGGAUAUCUCUAUGCGCCCACAGGCGAGAGUAGUCGCUGUCAACUUUGACGGCGUUGACCCAUUCAGUAUCGACAUUACACACAAAUAUGAGCAAGCCCUACUGGAUUAUCAGCAGAAUACUGGGAAGAAAGUUAGGGGCUUGAUGCUUUGCAACCCGCAUAACCCUCUGGGCCGCUGCUAUCCCCGAAAUGUGAUCAUCAGAUUGAUGCAGCUGUGCCAGAAGUAUCGAAUUCAUUUGAUCAGCGACGAGAGUUAUGCACUAUCCGUCUGGGAGAACACCGUUGAUCAACAUCCUCCCCCCAUGCCUUUUGAGUCUGUGUUGUCGAUUGAGCUGAACGGUAUCAUUGAUCCACGUUUGGUUCAUGUUCUUUGGGGUAUGAGCAAAGAUUUCGGCGCAAACGGUGUUCGUCUCGGAGUCAUAAUCUCGCAAGCCAAUCGGGAUUUUCAUCUUGCAUUGAAAGGACCUUGCAUAUACUCCCACGCAUCUGGGAUCACGGAUCACUUGGUGUCACUAUUACUCGAGAAUACCCAGUUCACCGAUUCCUACAUCCAACAGAAUCAAAAGAAGCUAUCAGAAUCAUACGCGUAUGCUGUAGGCUUUUUGAGGCAGCAUGGGAUUGAAUACGCACCAGGGUGUAACGCCGCUUUUUUCAUGUGGCUCAAUUUGGGAAAGAUAUAUCGAAAGCUAUACCCUGAGAUAUCUGAGAACGAGGAUGUCGGAGAGAAAGUCAUGCAGCAGCUGUUGGAACAAAGAGUCUGUUUGACUAGCGGUGCAACAUUGGGGUCGGAGCAGGAUGGAUGGUUUAGAAUUGUCUUCUCUCAUCCCCGGGCUUAUCUAACCGAGGCCUUGCAGAGGAUUAUAGCUGCUCUUAAACGUUAG